AUGGUGUUUGGAGUUUUAGAAGAAGAAGACGAAGAAGGAACCGAACCUCUGUCUACGAGUCCCAAAAGACCCAAACCCCUUCACAAUUUCAACCUGCCGUUCUUGAAGUGGGGGACCCAACGCCACCUGAGAUGCUCAUACGCAACCAUCAAAGACGGCGCCGGCCCUUCAACCAGCGCCGAUCGCCGUUCUUCAAGGCCUAACUCAAACGAAUCAACGGCAACACCUAAUCAAUCGAGUGGUUCAGAAAAACGAGUCGUCAUCGGCAAUGACGAAGAAGAAGGGAUCGCCGCUGUGAGAGAGAAGCUUACGCAUGAUCUAAAAAACCACGCUGAUCGAAUCAAAGAUACGAUUUUGAGAGAAGAACAAGAAGAAACAGAGACUCUUAAGUCAUGGAAACACAGAACGAGACAGAUACAGUCUAAACCUCCGGUACACUCCGAUCAUGCAAAACGUGAUUUCCCUUCGCCGGCAAAAAUUGACGGCGGCGUUAAUGUCGCUUCGAGAUUGAGAAGAAAUAUCAACACUAAUAAAACGGAAAGACCAAAAUUUUCCGUCCAGCUUUCGAGAAAGGAAAUCGAUGAAGAUUUCAUGGCAAUGGUGGGCCGUCAGCCCAGACAACGGCCCACUAAGAGGCCCAAAGUUGUUCAGAAGCAGUUAAACAGUGUUUUUCCUGGAUUGUGGUUAAGGGAAGUUACACGUGAGAUGUACGAGGUUCUUGAUACAAAGGAGAAUGGAAAAUCUGUGAAGAAGAAAGGGAAAGGGAAGUGCUUUAAUGAUGAUGAUGAUGAUGAAUCCUCAGCUUGA